CCGGAUCUGGCUGUGGCGGGACCCGGGCCUGUCCGCUGCGACUCUGGGGUCUGGGACCCCAGUUCCCCUGGAGCAGCUCGGCCCUCGGUGGUCUCGGCCGCAGGGUGGGGCUGGGCCGGCAGCUGGGACUCCGGGAGUCCUGUCCCGUCCCUGCGCAGUGACUGUCGCCCCAGAGCCCUCUCUGGGCAGCUCCGCGUCUCCCCAGAUUGUGCGGGGGCCACGGGAGGAUCAUGGGGGGAUCCCACCUCCGGCCUGGGGUUCCUGUGGGAGGAGCCAUGGCCUGUGGGCUCCCCAGUUCCGCCUUUCCUCCCGAAGGCGGCCCCCGCUUCUCCCUGAGUCUUCCAAAAGGACUCCGGCCUUUGAGGAUGUGGCUUUCAACUUCACCCUACAGGAGUGGGCUUUGCUGGGUCCUUCCCAGACGAAACUCUACAGAGAUGUGAUGCAGGAAACCAUCAGGAUGCUGGCCUCUGUAGUUAAGGGAAAGAAAUGGGAAGAUGAGAACAUUGAAGAUCUGUACCAAAAUCCUGGGAGAAAUUUAAGAAAUCAUAUGGUAGAGAGACCCUGUGAAAAUAAAGAAGAUAGUCAAUGUGGAGAAGACUUUAGCCAGAUUCCAGGUCAUAAUCUGAAUAAGAAAACGCCUCCUGGAGUAAAGCCACCUGAAAGCCACGUGUGUGGAGAGGUCGGCGUGGGGUAUCCAUCCACUGAAAGGCACAUCAGAGAUCGCCUCGGACGCAAACCCUGUGAAUAUCAGGAAUGUAGACAGAAGGCAUAUACAUGUCCUUCCAGUGUGUCUAAAUUCCUCCAAGACAAAGAUGCCAAGAACAUACACUGGGGAAAUGACACUGUCUUCAGUAAAUGGUCCUGGGAAAACCAGAUAUCCAUGUACAGAAGAAUGAAACUAGACCCCUAUCUCUCACCACAUAAAAAAAUAAAGUCAAAAUGGAUUAAAGACUUAAAUCUAAGACCCCAAACUAUGAAACUACUAAAAUAAAACAUUAGGGAAGCUCUCCA